AUGAAUAACCAAACUUCAGCACAACAUCUAUAUGAACAGACUUCACAGUACAAACAUUGGCAGUUUACUGCAGAAAAACUAAUGGAAAAAAGACUCCAGGUCAACACUGAUGGGGUUUCUCGAACUCUAGAAGCAUUAAGGCUUGAAAACGAGGCUACAGCGAUUGUUUUUUUUAAAAGAUUCUAUCUCAACAAUACCGUCAUGGACUAUGAUCCCAAAAUUAUCUUGAUGACAUGUCUUUUUUUGAGCACAAAAGUAGAAAACUCGUUGAUGCCGCUCGAUGAGUUUCUCAGCAAAGUACCCAAAUCGCCAGAUGCAAGCGUCAUGAUUCAUUUGGAAUUUGUGCUUUCCAAAGGAAUUCAAUUUGAAUACUCUGUGCAUCAUCCAUACUGGCCAUUGCAUGGAUUUUUCCUUGAUAUCCAGACGUUUAUACAAUCUUCACAACCCCGAGGGAAACACCCAGACUUGAUAAAACGACUGUAUGCCGUCUAUAAUCAAGCAACAGAUUUGAUUACAUCGUCCUUGAUAUCAGAUGCUUUGUUCAUGUAUAUGCCUUCACAGAUUGCUCUUGCUGCAAUCCAGGAGAUGGCAAGUCAUGUAUCUACUAUUGCACCCAUCAUCAGUGCAUUUAUUACAGAUCGAUUUCAAAACGAAACACCCGAACGAGUACAAGGAUUGAUUCAACUUUUACAGGCAAUUCGUGUAGAUUUGUGCAAUGCCAAGGAGCUUACAGUAAACAAGGCUACAGCAGCUGUAGUAGCCAGCAAACUCAGAUUGUAUUCCAAUCCUGAAUUUGAUCCUACAAGUAAACUAUUUGCUUUGCGCAAACAAGAAGAGGAGCAGCAGAAUGAAGCCAAGAGAUUAAAAAAAGCCGACAAGGCUCGACACAAUCGUGACCAACUUGCAACGAUUGUCAACUAG